CGACUGCUGGAGCUCCGGAGACGGCCACGCCCGCUGGUGAACAGACGACCACGGCCGCUGGUGAGCAGACUAUCACUCCCGCUGUAGCGACUGCUGGAGCUCCGGAGACGACCACGGCCGCUGGUGAACAGACGACCACAGCCGCUGGUGAGCAGACUAUCACUCCCGCUGUAGCGACUGCUGGGGCUCCGGAGACGGCCACGCCCGCUGGUGAACAGACGACCACGGCCGCUGGUGAGCAGGCCAUCGCUCCCGCUGUAGCGACUGCUGGAGCUCCGAAGACGGCCACGCCUGCUGCAGAGCAGACGACCACGCAAGCUACUACUACCGUUGGGACUCCUGAAGCUGUCACGACGGCUGGAAGCCACCGUUCCCGCAAGUGA